AUGGCCGGGAAGGGAAAAACUUUACGGGAGUUGAUGGCCUCCCGAGGGAAAGGUCAAUCAUCAAAAGGUCAAUCAUCAAAAGGACCAACUCAGUCACAGGCCCAGACCCUUCCCCCUGUGGUCUCUCAGAUUCCCUCGGACCUAGGCCUUAAGGUUAAUCUGGACCUGAAGAAGAAAAGGCCGAUUGACACUCCUGAGGAGGGUGAGGUGGUUGCCCAGCCGACCAAGCAGCAAAAGACCACCCGGGCGCCAAGGAGCAAAAGGGGUGACUCCGCGGAAAGCCGGGAUGAGGAGAACCGUGCUGAGGUGCGCGCCACCCCGCGCACAUGGAGCCCCAAGUUGGAGCUAGAUGGGGUUGCCAUUCCCUACAAUGUGUCAAUCCGAGAGUAUAACCGGGGCCAAGCAGGGUACAAGUUCAAGGAGUCGAAGAAACAGCGCAAGAGUGCAGAGGCCGGUUUGAAAAGUGCUGAGACCCAGGCGGAGGAUCAGCGCAAAGAGCUGUACUCGACCCAGAUCAACCUUGCCACCGAGAAGCAGGCAGUGCUGGAUCUCAAGGUUGCCCUGCAAAAAAUCGAGGAUGAGCCGCGGCGGGUCAAAAAGGAGGCUCAGCUGAUCCAAGAGGCUGCAGAGGCUGAAAAGAGAAUUCCUGCGGAUUCGGCGCUGAGACUGCCCGAGAACAUCUUCUAUCCUCAGGAGAUCCGAGAGAAUCCUGAUGGCACCCAAGCGGCUUCGGAGCAGGAUCUGGCGGUGCCUGAUGCCGUCCCUGUGCCUGAUAAAGCGAAGGAUCCUACCACGGACCCUACCAUCGAGGCUCCUCCUCCUCAGCCAGAGCAGAAAGAAGAUCCUCCUGCUAAGGCUUAG